UGACAUUGACAAAUCAGUAAUGGCGACACAAGAACAACUUAAACAUGACAGCAAAACAACACCGAGGGGGAGUGAACUUAUGGACAGCAGUCAUAUUUUGAAGAAAUAUUAUAAAAAUUUCAUCUAAUUAUCUGCAAUUUCAAUCCAGCGAAAAGGUAUUCAGUAGAUGUCCGGCCCCUCAGAGACAUCAGGUGGUAUGUCGCAUCCUGGCCCUUCUCCUGGGGCGGGUAUGUCCCCAGGGCCCAUCUUGGGCCCCAGCCCUGGACCAGAUCCCUCACCGAGCUCUGUUCACAGCAUGAUGGGCCCCAGCCCUGGACCCGGAACACCCAAUGCACCUCACGGCAUGCAGGGCCAGGGACAAAGUGAUUACUCUCAGGACAGCAUGUACUCUAUGCAUAAGCCCAUGGAGGGGAUGAAUGACAAGUCAAUGGCAGAGGCAAUGCACUUUGGUCACAUGAAAGGUGUGGGGAUGAGGUCUCUCCACAGUGGCAUGGGACCUCCACAGAGUCCUAUGGACCAGCACAGCCAAGGGUACAUGUCUCCCCACCCAUCCCCAAUGGGAGUCCAUGAGCACGCUUCAAGUCCCAUGUCAGGAGGCGGAGGUGGACCUACACCACCACAUAUGCCCCCUGCCCAGUCAGGCCCUAUGAUGUCAAUGGAUCCCCAAGGAGGCAUGUCCAACAUGUCCAACAUGGGCCAGCAGGUGAGGGGGUCAUCUGCUUUUAGUCCAGUACAGCUGCAGCAGCUCAGAGCUCAGAUUCUGGCCUACAAGAUUCUGGGUCGUGGGCAGCCGCUACCGGAAAACCUUCAGCUGGCUGUUCAAGGUAAAAGGAGCCUACCCACAAUGCAACAGCAGCAGCAGCAACCACAACAACAGCUGCAGCCACAGGCACCAAGUGCCAGUCCUUACAACAGGCCUCCAGGUAUGCCAAUGGCUCCUAUGGGGGGUCCCCAGUCGAGUCCCUGCCCAGCCCCGGCCAUGCAAGUACUCAAUCAAAGCACAGGACCCAAGCCUUGGGCCGAUGGUCAGUGUGCUGAAAAUCAAACCAUUGCACAGAAGCAGCUCACUCCUGUUGCUAGCGGUCGCCCCUCUCCUGCACCACCUCAGGCCUCUGCUGUGCCAGCUGGGCCCAUGCCGGGCAGUUCGGGGACCCCUCAGCCUCCUGGGCAGCAGGGGUCCGUAAUGCUCCCGAUACAGCACAAGCAGAACCGCAUCACGCCUAUCCAGAAGCCCCAGGGCUUGGACCCAGUGGGAAUCCUGCAGGAGAGAGAAUACAGACUGCAGGCUCGGAUUGCGCAUCGAAUCCAGGAACUGGAAAGUCUGCCAGGCUCGCUGCCUCCGGACCUCAGGACUAAAGCCACAGUGGAGCUCAAGGCUCUGCGUCUGCUCAACUUCCAGCGUCAGCUGAGGCAGGACGUCGUGGCCUGUAUGAGACGAGACACGACCCUGGAGACGGCCCUCAACUCGAAGGCUUACCGGCGCAGCAAGCGGCAGACGCUGAGGGAGGCACGCAUGACCGAGAAGCUGGAGAAGCAGCAGAAGCUCGAGCAGGAAAAGAAGCGCAGGCAGAAACAUCAGGAAUAUCUCAACAGCAUCCUUCAACAUGCCAAGGACUUCAAAGAGUAUCACCGCUCUGUGUCCGGUAAGAUGCAGAAGCUCACCAGAGCCAUCGCCACCUGGCACACCAACACGGAGCGUGAGCAGAAGAAGGAGACGGAGAGAAUCGAGAAGGAGAGGAUGAGGAGACUCAUGGCAGAAGACGAGGAAGGGUACCGAAAACUAAUCGAUCAAAAGAAAGACAAGCGUCUGGCCUACUUGCUGCAGCAGACGGAUGAAUAUGUGGCCAACCUCACCACCCUGGUGUAUGAACACAAAGCUGCUCAAGCUGCCAAGGAGAAGAAGAGGAGACGGAAGAGAAAGAAGAAGGUGGAUGGCGAUGGUGAAGGCACUAGCGCAAUUGGACCCGAUGGAGAGCCCAUGGAUGAAAGCAGCCAGAUGAGUGAGCUGCCUGUCAAAGUGAUUCAGACUGAGACCGGGAAAGUUUUGCAGGGAACCGAGGCCCCAAAAUCCAGCCAGCUGGAGGCUUGGCUCGAGAUGAACCCCGGGUAUGAAGUGGCCCCGCGGUCAGACAGCGAGGAGAGCGGCUCAGAGUUUGAAGAGGAGGAGGAAGAUGAGGCAUCCAAAGGAGAGACAGAGGAGAAGAAGAUAAUCGAUCCCAACGGAGAUGGAGCCACUGAGGGUGCUGCCAAGAACAUCAUCGAGUCAGCCAAGCAGGAUGUGGAUGAUGAGUACAGUGUUCCUACUGGCCAAACCAGCUCCCAGUCUUACUACGGCGUGGCCCACGCUGUCAUUGAGAGGGUGGAGAAGCAGUCGUCACUGUUGAUCAAUGGGAUGCUCAAACAGUACCAGAUUCAGGGGCUCGAGUGGAUGGUGUCCUUGUACAACAACAAUCUCAACGGCAUCUUGGCUGAUGAAAUGGGGCUCGGCAAAACCAUCCAAACCAUCGCCCUUAUCACCUACCUGAUGGAGCACAAGAGGCUCAAUGGUCCCUUUGUCAUCAUCGUUCCUCUCUCGACCUUGUCUAACUGGGUCUAUGAGCUUGACAAAUGGGCUCCGUCUGUGGUUAAGAUUGCUUACAAGGGCACCCCUGCUUUGCGUCGUGGGCUGGUGCCUCAGCUCCGCAGCGGGAAGUUCAACGUCUUGCUGACCACCUAUGAAUACAUCAUCAAAGACAAGCAUAUACUGGCUAAGAUUCGCUGGAAGUACAUGAUCGUUGACGAGGGUCACCGCAUGAAGAACCACCACUGUAAACUGACACAGGUGCUGAACACGCACUACGUGGCCCCCCGUCGGCUGCUCCUCACCGGGACUCCUCUGCAGAACAAGCUGCCCGAGCUGUGGGCCCUGCUCAACUUCCUGCUGCCCACCAUCUUCAAGUGCUGCAGCACCUUCGAGCAGUGGUUUAACGCACCCUUCGCCAUGACAGGAGAGAGGGUUGACUUAAACGAGGAGGAAACCAUCUUGAUCAUCCGGCGUCUGCACAAAGUGCUCCGCCCGUUUCUCCUGCGCAGGCUGAAGAAAGAGGUGGAGUCUCAGCUGCCAGAGAAGGUGGAGUACGUCAUAAAGUGUGACAUGUCUGCCAUACAGAAGGUUCUGUACCGCCACAUGCAGAAAGGCAUCCUCCUCACUGACGGCUCAGAGAAAGACAAGAAGGGCAAAGGUGGAGCAAAGACCUUAAUGAACACCAUCAUGCAGCUGAAGAAGAUCUGCAACCACCCGUACAUGUUCCAGCACAUUGAAGAAUCCUUUGCUGAGCACUUGGGCUAUCCGAACGGCAUCAUCAGUGGGCCUGAUCUGUAUAGAGCAUCUGGGAAGUUUGAGCUCCUCGAUCGCAUCCUACCGAAGCUCCAGGCCACCAACCACAGAGUGCUGCUGUUCUGCCAGAUGACCACUCUCAUGACAAUCAUGGAGGACUAUUUCGGAUACCGCAACUUUCAGUACUUGCGUCUUGAUGGAGAGUUGACAGCCUCCUUUAUGUUGAUGCAGGACCUUCAGGCUCAGGACCGGGCUCACCGCAUCGGCCAGCAGAACGAGGUGCGCGUGCUUCGUCUCUGCACUGUCAACAGCGUCGAAGAGAAAAUCUUGGCUGCUGCCAAAUACAAACUGAACGUUGAUCAGAAGGUCAUCCAGGCCGGCAUGUUUGACCAGAAGUCGUCGGGCCACGAGCGCCGCGUCUUUCUCCAGGCCAUCUUGGAGCACGAGGAGCAGAACGAGGAGGAAGAUGAGGUGCCUGAUGAUGAAACUCUGAACCAGAUGAUAGCCCGCAAUGAGGAUGAAUUUGAGCUCUUCAUGCGCAUGGACAUGGACCGGCGCAGGGAGGAUGCUAGGAACCCAAAGCGUAAGCCUCGCCUAAUGGAGGAGGACGAGCUGCCUUCUUGGAUCAUCAAAGACGACGCCGAAGUGGAGCGGCUCACCUACGAAGAGGAGGAGGAGAAGAUGUUUGGUCGAGGGUCUCGCUGCCGUCGGGACGUGGACUACAGCGACACGCUGACUGAAAAACAGUGGCUGCGGGCGAUUGAAGAUGGAAACCUGGAGGAGAUGGAGGAGGAGAUCCGGCUGAAAAAGCGCAAACGCAAAAGACGUCAGGACAAGGACUCCGGCAGAGAGGACGGAGGCGCGAAGGCCAAGAAGAGACGUGGACGACCGCCAGCAGAGAAGCUGUCCCCCAACCCGCCCAAACUCACCAAGCAAAUGAACACCAUCAUUGAUACAGUGAUCAACUACAGAGACGGCUCUGGAAGGCAACUCAGUGAAGUGUUUGUCCAGCUUCCAUCCAGGAAGGAACUCCCAGAAUAUUACGAACUGAUCCGAAAACCUGUGGACUUCAAAAAAAUCAAGGAACGUGUGAGAAACCAUAAAUACAGGAACGUGGGGGACCUGGAGAAGGACGUGAUGCUGCUCUGUCAAAACGCACAGACCUUCAACUUGGAGGGAUCCCAGAUAUACGAGGACUCCAUCGUUCUUCAGUCUGUUUUCAAGAGCGCCAGACAGAAGAUCGCCAAGGACGAUGACAGCGAUGACGACAGUGAGGAGGAGGAGGACGACGACGACGACGAUGACUCAGAGGCCGAGGCCAAGUCAGUGCGGGUAAAGAUCAAGCUGAGCAGGGAGGCACGCAGCCACGACAAAGGCAAGAAGAGGCAGAGCCGAGGGAAGGCCAAGCCGGUGGUCAGCGACGACGACAGCGACGAGGACCAGGAUGAUAAUGAUCAAUCAGACAAGAGCAAAAGUGAUGACGAGUGACGAAGGAGAAGCAAGGGCGCGAGGAUAUUGUUUACAGCACUUAGAAACAAAGGACAAUAUCUUCCAUUGCUGUUGUUCAGGUUCAUGUUCCUUAAACUUUGCUCCGUG